AAAUAGUAUGGGAAUGUUUAUACUAAAUGAGCAGAACGGAAAGCAAUAUAUAUUGCGCCAGAAGAUCACGCCCAUGGAUUUAGGAUAUAAAGCAGCAUUCACAAAACCCAGUCAGACCCAAAAAACCAUGACAUACACUGAGCAUCACAUACCUUAAAGCACAAAACCCCAAAAACAUUCUCUCCCAAACCACCGAUCCCCAAAAACAACGAGAUGUUUGAGUCAGACCAAGUUGAAUAUUCUCCCUCACCGGAAGAAGCCGAGGCUUUGAGCUACAUGAACGACUCGUUAGGAGCAGGCAGUGGUUUUAAGAAGAAGAGCAGCAAGAACAACAAGAAGAGGUUCAGUGAUGAGCAGAUUCGAUCGUUGGAGUCGAUUUUUGAGUCCGAGUCCAGGUUGGAGCCUAGGAAGAAGCUGCAGCUGGCGAAAGAGCUGGGGUUGCAACCGAGGCAGGUUGCGAUAUGGUUUCAGAAUAAGAGAGCUCGAUGGAAGUCGAAGCAGCUUGAAAGAGACUAUAGCAUACUCAGAGCCAAUUAUAAUAACUUGGCAUCCAAGUUUGAAACCUUGAAGAAGGAAAAGCAGGCCUUGGUUACUCAGUUGCAGAAGCUGAAUGAUAUGAAGCAAAGGCCAAAAGAGGAAAGGAAUAAUAUUAUCGAUGGCGAAUCGGACAAUGGUGAUGAUGCUGCUAGGUCCGAAUCUGAGGGGAAGCCUAAUUACCAGAUGUCAUUGGAAAAAUCAGAACAGGGACUUGGAGUUAUGUCAGAUGAUGAUAGCAGCAUAAAGGCAGAGUACUUUGGACUUGAGGAGGAUCCGAACCUUGUGAACUUUGUGGAAUCUGCAGAUGGGUCCUUAACAUCUCCUGAAGAUUGGGGCAGAUUGAACUCCGAUGGUGGUCUCUUUGACCAAUCGACUAGCGAUUAUCAGUGGUGGAAUUUUUGGUCUUGAAAGAUGAAUAAGGGUAAAAAUAAGAGCAAUAUUCUUGAUGACGACAACUAUUGCAAGUUUGCAACGAGUGAUUCCUGAUCUGUCACCGGCUGUAUACAACUAUUGUGUGUGUCUGUCUCUCUUGCUAGGUGAGAAAGUUACAUAUAGCUGUAUACAAACGGUGACAAUGCCACACCAUCAUAUGUCCUAUAGAGGCUGCUAUGAGAUCAUGCCAACUAGCUAGUACAAUGGGAGGUAGAGGAGUAUAAGCUUUCAAAGAGCUGUCAACCCUUUGGCAAGGAGAAUUUUUGUAUAUAAACUGCUGUAGAAACACUCUUCGGAUCACAUGCAUGUUAGACUACAUGUGAUUGGAUUGAACGUGAAAAUGGGGCUGUAAACAACGGGUCUAUGUACAAGCUGUGAUAGCUAAAUUAAAAGCUAUUUAUUUUCCCUAUUCUCCUAUAAAUUUGUCGAUUGUAAUAUAGAGAAAUAAGAGUCUACCGCAGAGGAUUAAAUUAAAUUAAAAGCUUCAACAAAUGUCACAAAACGUGACUGUAGCUCCUAUUGAACAGCAGUCGAAAAAUAAAAGUAAAACCUAACCUAGAAUGCUCAGAAAAACACGAAAAUUUACAG